CUUCGACUUGGACCUGUUUGGCGGGCGAGCUACGAAAUCGGAAUCGGAAUUUGUAUCUGCGUUUAGUCUUCAGCGGUCUGCGCGUUGUAUCUGUUCGUCGCGUAUCUGUGGCAAGCGUGUCAAGUGCAACAACGAUCGAAACCAAAAGUCGAGAGUCGAAACAUAAAAUAAACAAAAAUACACACAACACCGACUAAAAGUGAAGUGAAGAAGUUCUUCAAAAUUCAAGCAAAAUUCCAAAUUGACAACGCUAACGCUUUGUUACUAUAUAUGUGUAUGUGCGAGUGUGUGGGUGCUUUGUGAAUUGUUGAGUGUCGUCGGGUUUAUUGCGCAAAAUGUUUGCCCAAAUGCAUGGCUCAAAUGCGUGGCCAAGCCUAAAAGAGGCUGUGGCUUGCAAUUAAACACAACAAAAGAUACACAAAGUAUCUGCAACUGUAAACAGCCCAAAACGAAGUGAGUGUGUGCGAGUUUGAGUGUUCAACAAAAAAAACCAAUCAAAAAGUUAACAAUAAAUACAACAACAACAACAACAACAACGACUACAACUACAACGAUAAAUACAAUCAUCAGAAACGGCGGCAAGAUGCAGUUUUGGAUAACUUUGACAUUUGCAUUGCUUUUGGCUGCCUGCGACUGCAGUGGCCAGGUAACCGCUCCCGCUGCCUCUUCCCCCGCCUCAGCGCCUGCCUCUGUGGCUGUGCAAAAGUUCCGGGUUACGCCGCACGAUCUGCAAAUACUGGAGGGCACGGACACGCUAUUGCGCUGUGAGGUCUCCGCUCGGGCUGGCAAGGUGCAAUGGACCAAGGAUGGUUUUGCGUUGGGAUUCUCGGCGGUUAUUCCGGGUUAUCCGCGUUAUUCCGUGCUCGUCGAUGCCGCCCAUGGCACAUACAAUUUGCAAAUCAAGAAUGCCACACUCGAGGACGAUGCGGAGUAUCAAUGCCAGGUGGGUCCUGCCGCUGGCAAUCCUGCGAUACGCGCCAAUGCCAAGCUGAGCAUCGUGGCUGCACCCAGCAGCAUUUACAUCGAUGGCUAUUCGCGCAAUGCCAAGGUUGAGGUCAUCGAACGUCAGAAUCUAACGCUGCAGUGCAUCACUGAGAAUGCAAAUCCUGCUGCAGAGAUUGUCUGGUAUCAGGGCGAGACGCCAGUCUCCACAUCGGUUCCCAUUGUGUCGGUGAAUCAAACGUCAGCUAAACGCUUCCGCACCAGCUCCACGCUGCACCUGCAGCCGCGUUCCGAUGAUGACUACAAGGAAUAUUCGUGCCAGGCGCGUCACAAGGCUCUGCCUCCGGAUGUGCCAAUGCGAGCUCAGGUUCAGCUGUCAGUGCUUUACCCUCCCGGUCCGCCAUUCUUUGAGGGAUACAGUCAGGGGGAGAAUUUGCGUCGUGGUCAGCAGGUGCAAAUCGCCUGUCGCAGUCGCGGCGGCAAUCCUCCAGCCCAACUGGUCUGGUAUCGCAAUGGCGAGGUCCUUAACUCCCCACAACGCACCUCGGGACGUCUCUCGGAGAAUGUGUACAAGUUCACGGCGAACGCAUCGGACAAUGGCGCCAAUUUGGUCUGCGAGGCGAAGAAUCUGCUGUCGAAUACUCCUCUGCGUGCUGAACUCAAUCUGACUGUGCUUUAUGCACCCAAAGACGUAUUUCUGAGCGGAGCGACGCAAGCUAAAGUUGGCGAUGCGGUGCAACUGAGUUGUGUUACGGCUCCCUCGAAUCCCCCGGCACGCAUCAACUGGUCCAUGAAUGGACGUCCGUUGAGCAAUGGCACCUUCAAGACCACAAGCAGCUCGGAUGGCGGCUGGGUGAGCAGCUCUAAUAUUACCCUAAAUAUCGACUCGCAAAGCCGCACUUUCAUCAUUGUCUGUCAUGCUCUGAAUGCGGAGCUCUCACAGAAUGUCGUUGGCUCCCACACCGUGAAUGUGUUGUAUCCUCCUUCGGCUCCCUUGCUCACCGGUUACAACAAUGGGGAUAUCCUUAUCUCGGGCUCCAUAUUGAAAUUGCAAUGCAGCUCGGCUGGUGGUAAUCCGCCGCCAAGUUUGCUUUGGUACAAGAACGAUAAGCGGGUGAAUGCUGCUUCUAAGGUGACGGACAGCAAGAUUACCUCCGAGUUGUCGCUGCUGGUGAAUGCCUCCGACAACAAUGCCAUCUAUAAGUGCGAGGUGCAAAAUGCUGCCAUCGAAAUUCCGCUCUUUGCCACAAAAACCCUAGGCGUGCAUUUCCCACCCGAGACUGUGAAGAUCAGCGUGGCGCCCAAAAACCUGGUACCUGGUAUACGCGCCAAACUUAUCUGCGACUCCAGCUCCAGCAACCCGCCUGCCAAGAUUAGUUGGUGGAAGGACGGCAUUCCGGUGGAGGGACUCAAUCUGGCCAAUCGUCCGGGUCUUUGGGGUGGCUCGGUCUCCACACUGGAGAUGCAUGUGAAUAUUACCCAGGACCUCGAUGGCUCCAUCUACACUUGUCAGAGCCACAACGAAGUGUUGCAGCGCAGCGUGCAUGAAACCAUAAGCUUGGACAUACUCUUUCCUCCCAAGUUCGAUGCUGCUCAGAUUACCAGUUUUGUGGGUGUUGAGGGUGCUCCGAUGCAGGUGGAACUUCAUGCCAGUGGCAAUCCCAUGUCCAUCAGCUACACCUGGACCAAGGAUGGUCUGCCCAUCAGCAACAAUGCGUUGAGUGGGCAACGCUUGAUCUCCGAUGGACCCCGUCUCAAUAUCAGUCGUCUCAGUCGCAACGAUGCGGGCAUCUAUGUGUGUGAAGCACUCAACACUCAAGGCACCGCCCUGCUGGAGAUUCAGGUGGUGGUUGAAUAUGCACCCAUCAUCACCUCUGUGACGGAGGGACAAAGCUUUGUCUCUGGCGAACAGGCUGUGCUCUCUUGUCAGAUUCAGGCGCGUCCCUUGGAGGCAGCCCAUGUGCGUUGGUCCCGGCCUGGCUAUGACUUUGCCAUGCGCACCACGUCCAGCUUUGAGAACAACACCGCUUUCCUGCAGAUCGAGAACGUGCAACGUGACGACAUCGGCAACUUCACCUGCAUCGUGGACAAUCAACGCGGCGCUGUUGCCACUCAGCAAGUGCUACUCGUGGUGCAAACUGCUCCUGAGAUUGAUCAUUCCCCCAGCUACACGAGGUAUGCGGCUCGUCUAGGAGUACGAGCUCAGCUCGUUUGUCGUGCGCUGGCCUCACCUCAGCCUAGUUUUAUUUGGCGUCGUCAUGGCAAGGAUCUGAAGAUGCAGCGUCGUAACAAGUUCACCAGUGUCGAUCGUCAGGUUGAUCCGCUGCACUUCGAGUCCGCACUGCUGCUGGAGAGCACCUCGGCGGAUGAUUACGGACAGUACGAGUGUGUGGUGCGCAACUCGAUGGGUCAGGCGAGCACCACAGUUGAGUUCAGCAAACCUUCUCGACCGGAUGCUCCGCUACAGCUGAGAGUUGGCAACGUGAGCGAUACGAGUGUGGAACUCCUGUGGACAGCUGGUUUCGAUGGCGGUAUGCAGGUGUAUUACCGCAUACGCUUCAAGCAGCAGGGCGACGAGAAGUACAAGUAUCUGGACGCCAAGGUGGGACAACAGAAUAGCACGCUGGAGAACCUGAAGCCCGGUGGCACUUACUACUUCUCGGUGAUGGCUCACAACGAGGCGGGAGUGAGUAAAUUCCUGCCGGACAUCAAGCUAACCCUGAGCAAAGGAUCACAGCCACAUUCGGCGGAAUAUACGGAAAAGGAUGAGUUGCCGAAUGUCAUGAUCAUUGGCAUCACUUCAGCUGCAAUGGUGCUGCUCGUUUUGAAUGCGGCGCUAGUGGCCUGGUUCGUCAUCCGGCGGCAGAAUAAGUCCCAGGGCGAGACGGAGCCCAGCAACGAUGAUGCCUACUCCAAGGACGACAAUCAGUCAGUCUACAAGCUGCCCAUCACUGCAUUGCAGGCGGAUGUUCAGAAGAAGACAGCCGCAUCCACGUACCUCGUGGAGAACGUGGACAUCAUACAGUCGACGGCAUAUCCACCCAAGUACCAGGAAAGCUCCAUGUGCACGCCACCCUAUCCGAUGUGCAAUCCGGACUUUACUCGCACGCUGCCCAAUCCCAAGCGGCACAGUCAGCGCAACAGCGCCACAGGACUGAUCGAAGGUAUGCCCAUGCGGGCCAAGGACGAUCACAUGCUGAUCUCGAACGGUCUGUACAUACCUUCGCCGUCGCCCGCCUCCUCGCUGGUCAUCAAGGGCAGCUACAUAUCAUCGCCAUCGCCAGCGCCGCCCGCUGAUGGAUCCUACUUCAACAUGAGCGACAAGUACAUGUCCUAUCCACCAGUGACCUACUAAGCCGUGCAGCGCGUCAAAGACGAAAGGCAACCAACAAACACCAGCCAAACCCAGCUAGACUGAUUGACACACACACACAUACACACAUGAACACACACAACAGACAACAGACAACAGAGCAACACAGUCAGCAAUAACAACAUCGACAACAGCGACAACGACAAAGACAACAUCAACAUUAGCAGAUAGAUAUAGAAAUUGAAAUUGAGUCAAUUUCAGUCAUUAAUAGGGAUUUUGAGAUGUUGCGUUGUUUCGAUUGUUGUUGUUACUGUGUCUGUUGCUGCUGCUGCUGUUGCCAGUUUCUUAUGUUUUGUUUUCUGUUUAUAAUUAUUACUAAAUGACGUUGAUUAUUAUGGAGCGCAAAUGGAGGAAACAUGUUGAAUGUACUUUGAGAAAAGACAUUUGCAUGCGGCGCUCGAAGGCUGUGAUAAGUACCUGUAUCCAAGGCUCUCCAAUCGAAUCCAAACCAACUCGACUCACAUCACGAAACACAACAUGAACAUCAGCACGCACGUCAAAUGAUGAAUCCACAUCAAUCAAUGAAAUCGAUGCUGCCGGUGUCUGGAUGCCAAUGGAUUAGCCUUUGGGGCAGGUACGCAACCCACUCUACAAAUGCUUGCCCCUCUCAUCACCAAGAAACCAAUACAAUUAUAUACUUACAACCCAAACACACACACACACACAGAAAGCAGCAUUCGUAGAAGAAACCAGAAAAAAACCAAAAACAAAAUGAAACACAAGAACAAAACACUCAAAUAUUAAUUUGUAGGCAUUUUCUUGAUAUUAAGUAGUAGCAAUUACGAUUUUUAGCAUUUAGCAUAAAUAUAUUAACGAGUCUGUCGACGUCGUCGUCGUCGUCGUCGUGACUCAUUCUCAUUAGCAGUUGUUCAAGUUUAAGCUCUAGACAUACCAAUAUCAACAUAAAUCUCAACAUAAACACAAUUACGAGUAAAACAUAUAUACAUAUAUAUAAAUCUUUAUGUAUAUGUCUACAACCCUAAGGCCCGACAAGCGUAACGAUUUUCAACGAUAAAAACGAUCAAAACGAUUCGAAAUCACAAACAAUAAAUUAGCCAAAAACAAAAAAAAAUAAAAUAAAUAAAAGUGAAUAAACAGCGAAAAACUUGAAAAAAU